GGCGGCGCGAGAGGCGCCGGCGAGCGAGGGCGGCGGCCGGCCCGCGAGUAUCACGUAUGAGACAACAGGCGCGUUCCAGUUGGCUGGGGUCGCACGACGAGUGGCUCCCGAGUGUACCCAGCGCUCGUACCUGCUGGGGAAGCGUGCUGAGCACCGUUCGGAGCGCUGGACUCGGCCCUGGACGACGCGGCUGCGGACCUCAGCUCUGCCUCUAACGAGUACGGACCCGUUACAGGCUUGUUAACGGGAACGACUGCUAGGGUGGGAGCCUGGCUGAAGAAGUAACUAGCUACACCCCUGCGGUUCCUUGUCUUAAAACGGAGAUAACUGCAUAGAGUUCCUAGGAGGAUUAAAGAGCUGGCAUGAACGAAAUAAGAUAGCAGCACAGGGUCUGGCACAAAAUUCUGAGCUAUGUAGUUCUAGAAAAUGAGACAUUAGUUCAGAAGAAGACAGCAGACUCUCUUGCGAAUACAUUUGGCUAUUCACCAUGAGAUUAGGGAAGCCUAAAGGGGAUGUUACUCGGAGUUCAAGCCAAGGAAAAGCCUGUGAGAACAAGCGCAAAACAGGCCGGCAGCGGCAGAAAUGGGGAAUGACUGUUCGAUUCGACUCAGGCUUGAGUAGACUGAGAAGAAGCUUGGAUGAGAAACCCUACAAAUGUAUUGAAUGUGAAAAGAGUUUCAGUCAGAGUUCAACUCUUUUUCAGCACCAGAAGAUUCAUACUGGAAAGAAAUCCCAUAAAUGUGCUGAUUGUGGGAAAAGUUUCUUUCAGAGUUCUAAUCUCAUUCAGCAUCGACGGAUCCAUACUGGGGAAAAGCCCUAUAAAUGUGAUGAAUGUGGAGAAAGGUUUAAACAGAGUUCAAAUCUCAUUCAGCACCAGAGAAUUCAUACUGGAGAAAAACCCUAUCAGUGUGACGAAUGUGGCCGAUGUUUCAGCCAGAGUUCCCACCUUAUUCAACAUCAGAGAACCCACACAGGGGAAAAACCCUACCAGUGCAGUGAAUGUGGCAAAUGCUUCAGCCAGAGCUCUCAUCUGAGGCAGCACGUGAAGGUACACAAAGAAGAGAAGCCCCGUAAAACCCGUGGUAAAAAUAUCAGGGCAAAAAGGCAUUUAGUGUCCUCUUGGAAAGCUGGUGCAGGAAGGAAGUCAGUGGCUGGUCUUCGCUAAGUAAAGGGCACUGCCUCAGCCUUCUUAAAAAAAAUAAGUAAAAAAAUAAAAGCUAUUUCUUUUAGAACUGGAGAUGCUUUAUAGUAAAGCACUUAAGUACUGGAUUUUCUGGCAUGGAGACAUUGGGAAGGUUAAUGACAUUAUUUGGCUGAGAGAAACUACAUGAGUCCAACUACCCUCAUUUCUUUUUUAUGUGACAUGGAGCACAAAGAAUUGAAAAUAUGUUUUGAGAGAAUUUAAGAUUCUUGACCUCAGUUGAAAUUGCUUCUAUAUCAUUUUGACAAAAAGCAUCAUGUUUUGAUGACAUUUGUGAAAUUAUAGGUAUGCCAAUGAUUACUCAGUUUUAGGACUUUCUAUGGAAAGAAUAAUUAAUUAAAAGGGAGAAGAAAUUGAUUCCAUUAAUUUUGAAGUUCUGCAACAGAUGAGAUUUUAUGUUUGUAAAGUUCUGUAGAAUAUUAUCAUUGGUUUAUAUGUAUAACUCAAGAUUCAGCAUAUUAAAAUGUAUUCACGUUUACUGAUUUUUAAUCAACAAGGCCCAUCACAUUAUGUUAGCUUUCUUUUGUUUUUUCACUUCUGCUUAUGGACAGUUAUUAAAGGAGUAAGAAUCUCCCUGUUUUUCACCAAAUUCUUAGUAAGAGAUGCUAUAGAAUCCAAAGUGAGAACUGAAUUAGACCACAAGUCUCCUAUUUCUACUAAUACUGUUCUUUGUGAUGGUGUUACUGCUAUAUCACUUGUUUUCCAGAAGUUGGGGUGGAUUUAUUUUGAUCCAUCCCAAUGCCCUUGAACUCUUUUGGCACUCUCUUGUGCUCUGAAAAACUGAGCCAGCUUUGUAGAUCUACAUGGAUAAACAAACUAUUUUACCAACAAAAUCUUAGCUUGCUUCUUGCUAACUAAAAAUCUGCAAUUUACACACCUCUCUGCCUUCAAGACUGUGAGCUUUAGAUAACCCUGGUUAUCUUAAAUGUUUGUCAACAAGAAAAGUCACUUAAUGUGUCAGUGCGUUGUAUCUCCUUUGAUCUGCAUUACAUGGAUUGUUUAAGAAGUCUAGCAAACAUGUUUCUUAACUUCCUUCAGAAUGGUGCCAGGUGUCAUUCUGAUCAGACUUCAGCUCAGGUUUUACUUUCUAUUGAAUGCUAACCUGAUUUUUUGGUAUCUUUUGUAAUCAUGUUAGUUCCUGCUGUAUUAAUGACAAUUAUCCAUAAAAAUAAAAAGUGAAA